UCAUCACUGACAAAUGUAGCUAAUUAGCAACUUUGCAACUACUAACUGCUUUUUAGCCACUUUGCAACUAAUUAGCAUGUUAGCUAAACCUAACACUAACCCUUAACCAUUUAACCUAACUCCUAACCUUAACCCCUAGCUCACCUAGCUAACAUUAGCCACAAUAAAUUGGAAUUUGUAACAUAUCAUCCAUAUUUCAAAUUCUUAACAUAUUGUGUCAUACGAUUUGUAAUUCGUAAAAUAUAAUACUAAUUGUAAUUCGUAACAUAUCAUGUUACAUCCACAAAUUGAUACAUACCAUACCAAACCUAACAUAUCAUAUCUAUUUGAGUGUUCAUUAUGUGACGUCUACCCCUGAGUCCAGGUUGAACCAGCAACUAUCAGGAAAUAACAGUGAUACAUUUUUUUCACACAUUUACAAUGUUAGUUUCAUAAGGUGUUGUGCAAUCUGAUAUAAAACACAGGAAAAACAUAAAUUGUACUGCACUGGGCCUUUAAUGGCUGAUCAUCCAACAUUAAUUCGAGACUGGCAGCGAUUACUCCCAGAGUUUGAGAGUAUUGAGUUCUUCAUUGACAAUUAGCUUUAGUUUGUGUGUGAGGAUGGCUGGAUUGCCUUUAGCCUGCACUCUUACUUCUCAAUACAUACUCAGUCAUUCCCCAAACCCUUACAGCUGACAGUUACAGGCAGACAGUAACAUAUCACACUGCUGAAGUAAUGCUAGCACACUAACGUUACUGAAAGCUGCGGACUUAGCGUCAGUAUUUGAGACAUUGCUUAAGUUAAUGGUACCACACAGUGUUUCAUGCCCUGAAGCUCCUGAUUCACAGAUUUCGACCUGGAGGAUGUGGAGCAGCGCCUGUCUGUUCCAGUUAAUAUGAGAGGGAGGCGAAUAGCAGCCGUAUUCUAUGAGUCACUGACUCAAGCCAUCUCUGCAACACAUUACAGUAAACAUCUGGGGAGGUACAGUACACUGCCCUGGGGGACAGGGGGGUGAGCAGUCACUCAGUCAGUCUCAUCCAGCAAAAAUCUGAUGCCAGCUAUAGGAUAUGAUUUGGGGUGGCAAGUAGCCAAGUGGUUAGAGUGUUGGACUAGUAACCGAAAGGUUGCAAGAUCGAAUCCCUGAGCUGACAAGGUACAAAUCUGUCGUUCUGCCCCUGAACAAGGCAGUUAACCCACUGUUCUUAGGCCGUCAUUGAAAAUAAGAAUUUGUUCUUAACUGACUUGCCUAGUUAAAAAUAAAAAUCUGGAAAUGUCUGACAUAUUUGGGUUAAAAGUUUUGUGGCCAUGCGCUGGCAGAGCAAGUGCCUUAGAUGGCACAGUGAGGCCAACAAUAGGACUGCUCCGCAGGGCACAUUAUGAAUCAUUUAACAGAGCCAGAGAGUCAAGAUGGAGUAAACCACGUGUGCUUUUUGAUAACUGGAGGGAAUGCGUGUAUUUGGGGGCACGGGGAAGGGUUGCAUGUGAGCAGUAAGCAAGGCAUUAAAACAUGGCAUAAACAAGUUAGCCAGCUAGAUUCCAUGAGAAUAGGAUGAAUAGUAGCAUCUCCAAACAGGGGUUGUAGUGAAGCUGUAGAAGGUUAACUUCUAUACCUUGUGACGUAGUCUUUUGAAUCAUACUGGUGUAAUGUUUUUGAAAAAGCCACGUUGUUUAAUGGAGAUGUCUGUAAUUGGGAAAGUGUGCAUCAUGUGGUAAUGCUGGUUGAACUUUGAUGUGGUUUGAAGUAAAACGUAAUAAAUACAGUCUGUUCCCCAGCUUCUAAAGACUCCAGCUAAUUAUACCUAAUGAAGUCAACCAUAGGUGUUAGCGCCUAGAACCGCAGGAGAACACAGAGAUGACCUCAUUGUUCCAAUUACCUUCUCCUUCUAUAAUGGCUACUCAGGAAACAAAGACUCCUUUGUCUCCAGCAUAUGCUUAGAUAGACAUAUUAUAUGACCUUUGCCAAUGUUAUUCAUAACCUAAAUUAUUCCACUAUCUUUCCAUAUGCUUCAGAGUAGGCCUACUGAUGUUACUUUUCAUUUUCGGUGGAAAUGUCAGCUGAGCUGCAUAUUGAUUCAAAUGACAUCUUCUAUGAGACCUUUUCAAGUGCUUCUUAAUGCGUAAUGAUCUUUGUUGGAAUAUGUGGGACUGAAAGGCUAGUUUAGCGUUUGUCAGUGCAGUGGCUCUUGCAACGGUUGAAAGUAGACAAAUUACAAAAUUCAACAGAUUAUUUUUCAUGCAGAUUAACUUGAGUUACUCUUUUCAAUAUGAAAGUAUGAAGUAUUUUCAAUGUGAUUCAUGAGGGCUCUUUACAUAUGAAGCAUUAUAACAUGUUAUUAACAUGUUGUUACAUAAAAACAACAGUCAUACACUAGGACAAACUUGCAGAUUAUUAUAUUCACCUCUCAAUCACUGCUGGUGAUACUCUCCUGUCUGUCAUAUGCUACUGUGUUAGUUACUGUAAAACAGGAUCCAAUGCUUUCCCACUAGGCACUAAUGGUACCCAGAUACAGUACCACUGACCUUGUGAUUUAUGACACCCACCCACGUCCCGUUCUUCAAUCAUUUAGACCGCUGCGCCACGUCAAGAUGGAUUAAGGCACUGCAUCUCAGUGCUAGAGGCAUCAAUACAGACCCUGGUUCCAUCCCGGGCUGAAUCACAACCGGCCGUGAUCGGGAGUCCCAUAGGGCGGCGCACAAUUGGCCCAGCGUCGUCCGGGUUAGGGGAGUGUUUGGCCAAGGUAAAUAAGAAUUUGUUUUCAACUGACUUGCCUAGUUAAAUAAAGGUUACAAAAAAAACAACAUAUGGCAAGGCCCCCAUAACGACCCUCACACCCUCACUUACCCUGCUGUUACCCCAAAAACCACUUCCACUGCUGCUGACUCUCACCCGGUCUUUGUCAAUCAAUGUGUGCUUGAGUGAACCCACCCCCACAGUUAGGGAUUAACGUCUAGACACAGCUGAUUGGCUACCAGAACAGGCACUGGCCCUGAUUGGCAGGGGCUUCAUAUAGGGGCUGACAGGAAGGGCUGUUUGAAAGGUGAGAGAGAGGGGAGCAGAGACGGACUGACAGAGCAGCCAACAGAGAGGAGAAAAGAGAAAGGGAAAGACCUCUGGGAAAGUUAAAACAAGGUGUCUAUGAAGGAGGCAGGAGAUGGCCUCCAUGCUCAGAUGAACUCCAUGAUGGGGGCUCUUCAGGAACUCAAGCUUCUACAGGUGCAGACAGCGCUAGAGCAGCUAGACAUCUCAGGGAGGUCUGUCCAAAGGGCGGCCCCACCACCAGCAGAGGACACAUGCCCUGGCCCUAUCCCCAGCCUCAAUGCUACCAUUGGCUUUGGCCACGAUGAGACCCUGAGGCCCCCCCUGGUCAGGACAUCCAGCCGGGGGGGACACCAGAGCAGCCUGGGCACCUCGCCCUCUUCCUCCAGCCUGGAGACAGUAGAGACUGAGAGUGAGAACCAGCCUCUCCCUCUCCCCCGCAGAGUGUCUGGAUACACCACCCCACAGGUGGAGUACUGUGGCCCAUGUCUUAGCCAAGUGUUUCCAGAGCAUCACCAGCCGGCUCACUCAGGCCAGGUAUUGGAUCUCCCUGGCAUUCUCUAUAGCCUGUCCAGGGAAGGCCCCUCGCUGGACAGCGACUACUCCCAGGACAGCAUGGACGACUCCAGAGACUGGACCUCCUCGCUCAUGAGCCGCAGCCGCAACCGGCAGCCACUGGUGCUGGGGGACAACGUUUUCGCCGACCUGGUGGGCAACUGGCUGGACCUGCCUGAGCUGGAGAAGGAGGAGAUGAUUGGCUGGACCGACAGGCCCGACUCCCCGGCCCACCCUCUCUGUCUCAGCCGCUCCCAGGAGAUCUGCAGGAAGGUCUCUCUGACCACCAAUAUCUUCAAGAAGUUCCUGCGCAGUGUGAGGCCCGACAGGGACAAGCUACUUAAGGAGAGGCCAGGCUGGAUGGUCCCUGAGAGUCAGGAGGCCGAGCUCUUUAAGAGGCCCAAGAAAGUGUCUAAGCAGCAAACCAAGGGGAGCUUCUACCUCCCGUUCUGGGCAGGUGUAGGGCAGCAGGGUAAGGGACGGCCAUGUCCCCAGUUGGCUGAGGAGAGACAUCCCACGAGCCAGGGCCAGUUCUCUGGGCUUUACAUAGACAGGAGACAAGGGGCCAGAAUGGAGAAAAUGCUGCCCUUGUUUGACUAUAACACGGCUGUGUGGGUGUGAUGCUGACGCUGCUCUAGGAUGCUGCGGUGGUGGCAGGUGUUGGGGAUUUGGCUGGGAGCUCUUGGGUGGAAACAAGGAGGUUUGUGUGUCUGUCUGUCUCCUUCUCCAAGAGAAAAGGCAGACUGAGGGAUGAAUAUCCAGACUAUUUCCCAAUAGAGAGAUUAUCAGGGAAACUGUUUGUCUGACAAUCCUAAGACCUUUUUGUCUGUGACUGUGAGAGCAAGCAGGACUUUCUCUAAUAGAUGGGUUCACCAAAGUUAAUAAGAUUCUAAUGAGUGCAUAAGUGCCCUGGACUAUACAAUAUACGGUACUUCAAUAUGGACAUAAUGAUGCUCUGAAUUUGUUACAGCAUCAUCAUGGUUUCAAACCUCAACCCUGUUUCAUAUGUUUGAAUUCUACUGUAUACCCAAGUGUAUCCCCACCCUCAUCUCGUACUUCUGUCAGUUGUGACACAUCCUGCAUGGGCACUACUAAAUGUUUCAUCUAUGACAUUGUGAAACAGUCACUGAACUGCCACUGAACACAACCACAGGUGCUUCUCUGCCUCGCUGCCCAGAGUCAGACGGCUGGAUGAAUACACACAGAGUGUAAUAUUGUUCCAUCAGCCUAACUCAGGGAUCGGGACGUGGCCUGUGUGACCGACUGGGUUCAAACCUGGAUCUCCUGUACACCACAAGACUGUUAGCCCGCUGAGGUAAAGCCUAGGUAUUAGCUUGGGGAGCUAACACAGGUCUUCAGGUCUCAGGCAAGGUUACUCAUCACAUGGUUCCUUGGUUUCGAACCACCUCUGUUACAUCUUCACCAUCCACCUACACACACAGGAUAGGGUUAAAGGCCCAGUGCAGUCAAAAAAGAGAUUUACCUGUGUUUUAUAUAUAUUUCCUCACUAUGAGGUUGUGAAAAUGAUUGUAAUGCCCUUUUAGUGUAAGAGCUGUUUGAAAAGACAUGCAGACAUGAUGGCACAUCGUGACUCUUCAGCCAAUCCUCCUGGAUAGUGUAUUAUACAUGGCAGAGAGCGAGGGAGUGAGAGCGAAAGAGCUGUGUACCAUCUGGCUGCCUACAGUUACAUAAGGACAAGCUAGCAGCACAGACAAGAGGUGCAGUCAUUCAGCGUAGGCUGUCGAGUGUUUUGAAACCAACCCUAAGCUGUGAUGCUGAAGUUACAUGUAUGUAAUGCCAGACAGGGCCUGGAGACAGGGCCUGGAGACAGGGCCUGGAGACAGGGCCUGGAGACAGGGCCUGGAGACAGGGCCUGGAGGCCUGGAGACAGGGCCUGGAGAGUUCAUGUAGAAAGCAGAGGACUGAGGAGGAGAAUGUUUACAGUGAAUCAUUCCACAUGUACAUGCAGUACUAAAUGUCACGAUGUCAACAAAGUCAUUUUGUUGCCAUUGUGUAAAGUCAUUUUAAAAAGGGACUUAAAGAGAUGAAGGUUGAACCCGGAAGGUAUGUGGUUAGACCAAGCACUCUUUAUGAAACUGUAUGAAGGAGGUGUUGUGAAGAGAUUUGAGAGAGCAGCAUGAACAAUAGAAUGGUUUAGCAACAUUUGCAAUAAUUUUCCAGAGCUGAGCUCCACAUAUAAUUUCCUCAGGGAAAUCACUGUAAUUACAAAAACUAUUUAUCUUCUUUAGAAAACACACGGUAUGUAAGUACAAUCCUCAGCCCUCACUAGUAAUAAGAGUGGCCUGAGAAGUCAAACAUCACCCCAUCCAUUAAUUCAACAGACAUGAUUAUGAAUGUUCCAAUGCAGCCAUUUUUAUCUCAAUAUCAAAUAAUUUCCGGGAAAUAAUUAAGUAACUUACUGUGAUUGUUUUCGAUUAAAAUUGUCAAAAAGAAACAAAAAUACCUUCUUAGCAUGAGCAAUUUCUCAACCAAAAAUUUAGCUAGGACUGAGUGUGGAAGAGAAAACUGUAAACUAGUUGUUAUUGGCAGAGAGGUUUGGAACACUCAUUGUUAUCUCACCAGGCAGGCCAAAACUCCAUCCCCACAAAACAGGCUGAAAUUUCAGGCGGUCUAUUCAAACAGCUCUUAAACUAAAAGGGCUUUAAUCAUAAUUUUCACAAUUUCACAGCAUUACUCCAACCUCAUAUUGUGUAAAUAUAUAUAAAACACAGGCAAAUCAUGUUUUUGACUGUACUGGGCCUUUAAAUAUCUCUUAAUGUACUGAAAACACAUGGGUUUCUUUCAAUAUUCAGGUCGGAUUAUAUUCAGUAAAUCACACACACAGACGGACAGUCUCUACAAAAACGGUUAUGCCAUAAGAGCCUCUAUGAGCCUCUCUCUGCCUGUAGUCUUAUUCAUAUUUACAGCUAUAAUUGUCAUUUUAGCACUGUUGUUAAAACUGUGGUUCUGCGAACCUCAAAGUGUUCCCGAGUGUAAAUUUGCACUGUAAAACUUCCACUGGCUCUUUGUAAAUUAAACUUUUUUCUGAAGACAAUG